CCUCAUCCCACCAUGAGAACAGUCGUGCUUGCCCUGACUCUAGCCCUUGUGGCGAGUCAAGAUCUUAACUUUGCACCUGAGUUUGCUCCCAAAAAUACCUAUGUGUACAAGUAUGAGGCAGUACACCUGAGCGGUCUGCCUGAGGAAGGGCUGGCAAGCGCAGGAUCAAAACUCAUCAGCAAAGUUUUAAUUGGCGCAGUUGCCCAAGAUAUCUAUGUGCUGAAGCUUGUGGACCCAGAGAUCUUUGAGUACAGUGGUGUCUGGCCCAAAGAUCGUUUUGUUCCAGCUGCAAAGCUUACUUCAGCUCUGGCUGCUCAGCUCCAGAAACCCAUCAAGUUUGAGUAUGCCAAUGGAGUUGUGGGAAAAAUAUUCUCCCCGUCUGAUGUAUCUACAAUGGUGUUGAAUAUCCACAGAGGCAUCUUGAACAUCCUUCAGCUGAACAUCAAGAAGACACAGAACGUCUAUGAGCUGCAAGAGGCUGGAGUUCAAGGAGUGUGCAAGACCCACUAUGUCAUUAAUGAGGACACUAAGGCUGAGCGCAUCCAUUUGACCAAAACCAAGGAUCUGAAUAACUGCCAGAAGAGACUCAUGAAGGACUUUGGUUUGGCUUACACUGAAAAAUGUGUGACUUGUCAGCAGGCUGGAAAGAACCUGAGGGGAGCUGCAGCCUACAACUACAUCAUGAAGCCAACUGCCAAUGGUGCUCUGAUCAUGGAAGCCACUGUUACUGAGGUCCAUCAGUUCUCUCCAUUCAACGAGAUGACCGGAGCUGCCCAGAUGGAGGCAAAACAAGUCUGGACAUUUGUUGAGAUUCAGAAGACUCCACUUCAGCCUGCUGAAGAAGAGUAUAGCCACCGUGGAUGGCUGCAGUAUGAGUUUGCUUCUGAGCUUCUUCAGACACCCAUUCAUCUUCUUAAGAUACACAACCCACAGGCACAGGCUGUGGAGGUUCUGAAUCAUUUGGUGAAAUACAACAUUGCUGAGGUUCAUGAAGAUGCCCCUUUGAAGUUUGUGGAGCUAAUCCAGCUGUUACGUGCAGCCCGCCUGGAGAAUAUUGAAGCCAUCUGGUCUCAGUUCAAGGCCCAACCAGCUUUCAGACACUGGAUCCUGGAUGCUAUUCCAUCUAUCGGAUCUCCUGUUGCAAUCCAGUUUAUCAAGGAGAAGUUUAUCGCUGGUGACAUUUCCGUUGCUGAGGCAGCUCAAGCUCUUGUGGCUGGUGUACACAUGGUGACAGCUAAUAUGGAUAGUGUCAAGCUUGUUCAGGAACUGGCUUUUCACCACAAAAUUCAAGCACAACCAGCUCUGCGUGAGGUUGCAAUGCUUGGUUAUGGUACCAUGGUUUUCAAAUACUGUAACGCAAAACCCAAUUGCCCUUCUGAACUUGUAAAGCCCAUUCAAGAUCUUGCCACUGAAGCUGCUUCUCAGGACAAAAUUGAUGAACUUUCUCUGCUUCUGAAAGUCCUUGGUAAUGCUGGUCAUCCUGCUAGUCUUAAGCCAAUCACCAAGCUCCUGCCCAUGCUCGGAACUGCAGCAUCUGCUCUGCCUUUGAGAGUCCAGGUUGAUGCAAUCUUGGCCUUGAGAAAUAUUGCAAAAAGGGAGCCCAAAUUGAUUCAGGAAGUGGCUGUGCAGCUCUUCACGGACAGGGCUCUCCACCCAGAACUCCGCAUGGUUAGUUGCGUUGUGCUGUUUGAGACUAGGCCUUCGAUGGGUCUUGUGACUACCCUUGCAAACAUCCUGAAGACAGAGGAAAAUCUGCAGGUGGCCAGCUUUACCUACUCUCACAUGAAGUCCCUGACCAGGAGUACUGCCCCUGACUUUGCUCCAGUUGCCGCAGCAUGCAAUGUUGCAAUGAAGAUUCUCAGCUCCAAGCUGAACAGGCUGAGUAGUCGCUUCAGCAGAGCUAUUCAUCUGGAUGCCUAUCACCAUCCUCUGAUGAUUGGUGCUGCUGCCAGUGCUUUCUACAUCAAUGAUGCUGCCACCUUAUUGCCCAGAGCUGUGGUAGCCAAGUCACGCAUUUACAUUGCUGGAGUAGCUGCUGAUGUUCUGGAGGCUGGAGUGGCAACUGAAGGACUCCAGGAGGCUCUUCUGAAAAUGCCCCAGGCUGAUGAAAAUGCUGACAGGAUCACAAAGAUGAGACGCGUCAUUAAGGCUUUGAUGGACUGGAGAUCCUUGCCAUUGAACAAACCUUUGGCCUCCAUACAUGUGAAAUUCUUUGGACAGGAAAUUGCCUUUGCCAACCUUGACAGGACCAUCAUUGAUCAGGCCAUUGAGCUGGCUUCCAGUCCCUCUGCUAAAUCACUGGGAGCACAUGCUCUAAAAGCACUGCUGUCUGGAACCUCCUUCCAGUACGCCAAGCCCCUGCUGGCUGCAGAGGUGCGUCGCAUCUUCCCCACAGCUGCUGGUCUGCCCAUGGAGCUUGGUCUCUAUACUGCUGCUGUGGCUGCUGCAGAUAUCAAUGUUAAAGCCACCUUCACACCAGCUUUGCCAGAGCCAAUCCACGUUGCUCACUUGUUACAAACAGACAUUCAGCUUCAUGCUGAGGUCAAACCAAGCCUUUCUCUGCAUACCUUUGCUGUGAUGGGGUUGAACACUGGUUUGAUGCAGGCUGCUGUGAUGACAAGAGCAAAGGUCUACUCAAUUUUACCUGCUAAACUAGCAGCUAGACUUGACAUUGCAAAUGGCAACUUUAAGAUUGAGGCCUUGCCUGUACCUGCUCCUGCUCACAUUGUAGCAGCACGAGUUGAGACCUUUGCUAUUGCAAGAAAUUUGGAGGAUUUCCCUACUGAAAGAAUUACACCCAUGAUUCCUGCUAAAGCCUUAGCAUCGAUUUCCAGGGAGAAGUUGUCAUCUAAGAUUUCCUCCUCUCUUGCUGAUAGUUGGUCAAGAUCUUCUGAAAUCAUUCAUUCUGAUCUGUCCUCCAACAUCAAGUCUUACAUUAAAGUAUUAAAGAGGACUCUUUGUGCUAAAACCACUAUUUUAGGUCUCAAAGCAUGUCUUGAGGUUGCUUCUCAGAAUGUGGCCUUCUUCAAAAACUCUCCACUUUAUAAACUGAUUGGAAAGCAUUCAGCCCUUGCAACCAUUGUGCCAGCUUCUGGACCCGCCAUUGAGAAACUGGAGAUGGAGGUACAAAUUGGCUUGAAGGCAGCUGAGAAGAUCAUUAAAGUAAUCACUCUGAACGAAGAUGAUGAAUCUCCCAAUGCAAAAAAUGUCCUGUUGAAACUGAAGAAAGUCUUCAGCAGCAGCAGCAGCAGCAGCAGCAGCAGCAGCAGCAGCAGCAGCAGCAGGAGAAAUAGCAAACUAAGCUCAAGCAGCCGUUCCUCAAGCUCCAGUUCCUCCAGUUCUUCCAGUUCCUCUAGUUCCUCCAGCUCUUCCAGCUCCUCCAGCGGUCGCCAGUCCAGAGUAAAGAUUCCAACAUUCAAUACGAACCAUCAGAAACGGUCUCAAGUCAUUUCUCAAUCCAGCAGAAGCAGUGCUUCCAGCUUUGAGACAAUCAAGAAACAGAAUAAGUUCCUUGGAAAUGCUGUUUCUCCUACUAUGGCAAUCCUCAUCCGUGCUGUAAGAGUUGACCGUAAAAUGCAGGGAUACCAGGUUGCUGCUUACAUGGACCAAGCUACAUCCAGAGCACAGAUCAUCAUUGCUGCUCUGGCUGAGGGUGACAACUGGAUGAUGUGUGCUGAUGGUAUUCUGCUCAGCCAACACAAAGUCACAGCCAAGAUAGCCUGGGGUCUUGAAUGCAAAGAAUAUGAAACCUUUUUCACUGCAGAGACAGGUCUUGUUGCCCAGAGAGAAGCAGGUCGUUUGAGGGUUUCUUGGAACAAACUUCCCAGUGCUCUUAGACGUUAUGCUAAAAGUGUAUCUGCACAUAUUCCUGAUGCAGCCUCCCUAGCAGGAAUGGUGCAGACUAAAGCCAAAAAUAGUAACAAACAGAUUUCUCUGACUAUGGUUGCAACAUCCAAAAAGACUAUUGAUAUCAUUCUGAAAUUCGCAAAGAUGACACUGUACAAACAGGCUGUGGUCCUUCCCAUGUCUUUACCUUUCGAUAACAGUGGGCUCGAUCCCUUAGAUGACAACAUUGUUAAUAGAGUCCAUUACUUGUUCGCCCAGGCCAAUGCAGCUAAAUGUAGCAUGGAUGGAAACACACUGACUACAUUCAACAACAAGAGGUACCAGAGUGAAAUGCCACUCUCCUGCUACCAAGUUGUGGCUCAGGAUUGCACACAAGAGCUCAAAUUUAUGGUUCUACUGAAGAAAGAUCAUGCCCAUGAAAAGAACCACCUCAACGUGAAAGUAGCUAACAUUGAUAUUGACCUGUCUAUCAAGGACAACAAUGUGCUGGUGAAGGUUAAUGGAAUGGAUAUUCCAACCAACAACCUCCCAUACCAACAUCCAACCGGUUCCAUCCAGAUCAAGCAAAAUGGAGAUGGGGUUUCUCUCUUGGCUUCAAGCCACGGUCUUCAUGAAGUGUACUUCGAUAAUAACUCAUGGAGGGUCCAAGUUGUGGACUGGAUGAAAGGUCAGACCUGUGGUAUCUGUGGUAAAGCUGAUGGGGAAGUCAGACAGGAGUUCCGCAUGCCCAGUGGACGCCUGAGCAAGAGCCCAGUCAGCUUUGCCCAUUCCUGGGUGCUUCCAGCUGAGAGCUGCCGUGACACCACCGAAUGUCGUAUGAAGCUUGAAUCUGUAAAGCUGGAGAAGCAGAUGUUUGUCAAUAGCCAGGAGUCCAAAUGCUACUCUGUGGAGCCUGUGCUGCGCUGUCUGAACGGUUGCCACCCAGUGAAGACCACCCCUGUCACCAUUGGCUUCCACUGUCAGCCAAAUGAUUCUAUCCUGAGUCAGCUGACCAGCAUCUAUGAGAAGAGUGUGGACCUGAGGGAGACUGUGGAUGCCCAUGUGGCCUGUCGUUGUACUGCUGAGUGUGCUUAGUGCCCUGGCGGAGCAGAAACAUAAAAGCUCUUAACAACAGAGUUGUAAUUUAAAGGUGUCGGGAUGUGUCCUUACAUGUUUCAUGCUUGAUCAGUUAAGUUGAAAUACAUUUACAAAAAACGUGAAAGUCUCUGAAGUCACUAUGUUACUUUUCCUCUAUUGACAGGAUGCAAAAUGAAGGAAAACCACAAAGAAACCAUAAACAUUCAUGAGUUUGAGUAAAAAAUAAUUCUACCAUGCCUACUCACUUCUUAACUUUUAGAAAGGUCUGUCCUUGGCCACACAACACCUCAAGCUCAUUUUUCACUAUUCGGUUUCAACACAAUCCAAUCUGAAAAAAUACAUUUUAACAUUAAUUUAAAGAACUACACUGUAUGUUAUUGCAUUCAGUGUAACAGCAGCAUAUUUCU